CGCCAUCUUUUCUGCUGAGAUGAUGCGACAAUUUUUGCCAACGCCAAAAGGCUACUAAGAUCAUGAGUGUUUCUUCGACAUAGUGAAAUUUUAUACUGCGAAAAUGAAAUAGAUAAGGAGUUUUGAAAACUCAAACAACAAAAUGAAAUUGUUAUUUCACAGGUCACCCAAGCGUAACAUAAGAGUUUGCAUCUGGAUAACUGUGGCUAACUUGAAUAGAAGAGUUUGUAUGGAGAUCAGGAGUCAGGACAUUAAAUUCGUUCAAUGUAUGGGUAAUUUAGCGAAUAAAGACUCUUGAGCAUUCAAUGGUGUCAUUUUUUCUCACCCUGGAGAGUUAAAACGAGAUUUGAGCCAAUUUUGAAAAAUUUUUCUCUUAUUAUAACACCGUAGGACAAAUUUGUCAAAAUUCGCUCAAAUCUCGUUUUAACUCUCCAGGGUGAGAAAAAUGACACCAGUGAAUGGUCAAGAGUCUUUCUUCGGUAAAUUACCCAUACAUUGAGCAAAUUUAAUGUCAACUCCUGAUCUCCAUACAAACAGUUAUUUUUUAGCCAGAGUUAUCCAGAUACAAACUCUAAAAUUACGCUUGGGUGACUUGUGGUUAUUCGGGUUGAUUAAAGAAAGCACUACCGUAAUUUUGCUGAUUUAAUAUCUCUGCUGUCUUCCCAUAUUUCCAGCUAAACUCUAAAAUGUUCUCAAAUAUUUAUCAAAUCAGUCUUAAACAUAUUUAAAGCUAGAGAUAUUGUUUGAGUUCGAUGUACGUUUUUACACGAAAGAGCUAGCGUAAUUGAAGUUCAAUUUUGUCAUGUUUAGCUACAAAACACGGAUCGGCGGGCGCUCUUUUUCAUCGACAACCAGCGAUUAAUUGGAUUUUUACGCAAACAAAACUGAGCAGUAUUUACAGACGAAAAUUCUUAAGCCUUGAUGAGGCAUCACGUGUUGCUUGCAAUUGAGACGAAACUCAAACAAGCAAAAUUUUAUUACUUUUCGGUCCCGAUAGACUCUAUGGCGAAAUCCUUGCAAGCGUGUGGCAAGAGGAGGGAAACUUUGAAGUUCUUAAACGCUGCUAUAUCAAAUAUAUCCAGCUAAUUUUUUGCUAUGUUAUGGAAAAACUGUUGAUCUUCAACAUAUGUAAAAUUUAGAGAGGAGUAAUGUAGAGUUCUCGUAAAAGAAGACGCGGAACACAACUUGUUCAUGAUAAGUGGGACAUGCCUGCAUUCGACACUGUCGUACUACACUCAAAUUUGAGCAGCUUACGACGAAAAUACUCAAGUGAUAUUCCAACAGACAAAAUAGUAUUGAGUUGUGGGCCAAAAACACAAAAAAGCCUUUAAAAAUACGCCACUGGUGGCUCAAAAAUAAAGAAAGAAAACUUGAUUUCCGGUUAGUUGAGAGGAAAUUUUUGGCAGCCAUUAAUCUCACCGAGGCGCGGAGAAAAAGGAAGGAAAGCCUUUUCCUUUCUUUUUCCUUCUCCUUACCUUGGAAAGCUAGCGUGAAAUAAAUUUUUCGGCGGGAAAACUUUUUAGCGGAAACGUUUUUGCAUAUGGAGAAUCUUAAAAAUUAGAACCCGCAAUUGCGAGGCACACUCGAGAGCACUUCGCAACGGUAAAUCUAUCUUGACAGCUUGUAUCUACCGUAAUGCUCAACAGUGUGACAUCAUGCACGCAAUCAUGCGCACAAACCUUACGGGGUCAAUCUAUUUCGAAAGUUGUUGCAAGAAACUUCAUGGGAGACUUGCAAGAAAAUUUAAUCAGGUCGGGCAAAAAGCUUGUCGCUCCUGUAGCAAAUGACGUCCAAAGCGACUGUGUUCAAGAUCCAGAAAUCGUGGCAGAAGAAGAGGCUUUCGACAACGAGAACCUAGUGAUAGAGCGGCGAGGUGAACAUCAUGAACCCGCGGAGCUGCAAAAGGGAUUAACCGUCUUCACGGCCGCAGUGUUCAUCACUGGAGAAAUGGCUGGCAGCGGUAUUUUAGCACUACCUGCCGCCAUUGUAGGAGCAGGUUUGACAGGCUUUGCUUUGCUAAUUCUGUGUUGUUUUGCCUCUGGAUAUUGCGGUACGGUGCUAGGAAGAUCCUGGGCGACUUUACGUGAUCGUCAUGACGAGUACAAGGGACAUGUGCGGUAUCCAUACCCAGCCAUUGGGGAGAAGGCUCAUGGAAGAUGGGCAUCUGUUGCUGUUACUGUUUGUAUCAACGUCACACUUAUAGGCGUGUGCGUGGUGUUUCUUAUCUUGGCAGCAGGAAACAUGUCAAGUCUGGUUAAUCUGCCUGUGCAUGGUGAUAUUGGAAAAACUGGUGAAUUGCGUAUUUGGCUUGUAAUUUGCUUUGCAGUCCUACUUCCUUGCUCCUGGCUUGGCACGCCCAAGGAGUUCUGGGGGAUAGCUGUAGGUGCUAGUUUGGCGACGGCCGUGGCUUGUUUGAUGAUCUGCGUGUGUAUCGGAUUGGAUUUGCCGACCGAUUUGAAAACCGUUCAACAGCCUACUGUGAACUUCGAGAGUUUCUUUUCAGCUUUUGGAACAAUUCUGUUUUCCUUUGGUGGUGCCUCGACCUUCCCAACCAUUCAGACAGACAUGAAGAAAUCCUCCAGGUUUGCGUUGUCCGUUUUCUGGGCUUAUAUUGGCGUAGUCAGCAUGUACCUGCCUGUGACAGUGCUUGGCUUUGUGGCAUACGGCAAGGACAUCACCUCGAACAUUCUCGACAGUGUGGGUCAUAACCAGCAUAAUACGUCUGCAGGAAUGUUAGAUGUAGUGCUGGCGCUCAUUACGCUUCACUUGCUGUUCAGUUUUGUGAUUGUGGUAAAUCCAGUGUCACAGCAGUUAGAGGAACUUUUGAGUAUACCCCAAGGUGAGUAACCAUGGUAACCUAGUUUAGUCAGGAGAACAGGAGUUGGCCUCUUUGGGAACGGACUCGUUGCAGAAGGAGCGCAGAUCGGUGCCCUAGCUGCUGCAUAUCAAAGCACAGCUUUUGCACCAGUAUCACUUUUGUUGUACUAUCCCAUGAAAAUUCCUGGUUUGAAAGAGGUUUAAGUAGGGAAGGUAAAUAGGGUGUGGUCAAGAAAACUGCUACUCCGCCUCUUCGCCUCGUUACUUACACACCCUGCAGUAAGUUGCUAGCUUACUUUGAUAAUUAAGUAACGUGCCUUUGUUAAGAAGGAGUUACCCAGAUGUCUUUAAGAGUGAAUGCCUACAAAAAUGGACCUAAAUCGCCUAUCAAUGGCACAAGUCGAAAAA